CAGAACGUCGCAAAGUUGUUCUGCGGAAGACGGAUGCGAGGAAGAUGUUUGUAGUCAGAUAGCCGAGCGUUUGAGCAAAUUUUCACCGUCAUGGAGGCUUUCCGGGGCAGAAUGAGCUGCAGGGGAGGACUGCUCGGCCUGACGGUAGCCUUGCUGUGCUGCGUGGGUUCCGUGCAGUGUUUUGGGCAGAGCCAAGACAGCGAGUUCACGUUUCUACUUCCAGCCGGAAGAUCCGAGUGUUUCUAUCAAACGGCAAUAAAGAACGGCACGAUGGAGGUCGAGUACCAGGUGAUAGCAGGAGCAGGGAUGGACGUAGACUUCACCAUCAUCUCCCCUCAAGGAGCCCGCCUGAUUAUCGAGAAUCGCCGUUCUGACGGAGUCCACGUGGUGGAGCCCAUGGAGGAGGGAGACUACGAGAUCUGUUUCGACAACGGCUUCAGCCGCUUCUCGGAGAAGAUGGUGUUCUUUGAGAUCAUCAUCGAGGGACAAGGAGGGGAUGUGGGAGGAGACGACGAGUUCCCGGGUGUAGAGGAGCCCGACGGGAGCCUGCUGGAGUACAAGCUGGAUGAUAUCAGGGAGACCAUGGACUCUCUGCACAAACGCUUGGAGCGUAGCCGUCAGAUGCAGAUGGUCUUACGGGCGUUUGAGGCGCGGGACCGAAACCUCCUGGAGGACAACCUGUGGAGGGUCUCGUUCUGGUCGUGUGCCAGUGUGCUGGUGAUGCUGUGUGUGGCCGUAACCCAGGUCUACACCGUUCGCAAACUGUUUGACGACAAGCGGAGAGUCUGCACAUAGAGGAAGCAUGCCAGACAGACGGGUAAACAGACUGUGAGCAAUAACGACAUUUCUUUAAAUCACAAAGUGUAACCAGAAGGUGAAGAGGUAUGACAAUGGGGAAGUUGAAAUUCAUUUUGUUUAGUGCCUUUAAUGCCACGUCUGGCCACAAACCAAUAAGGAAAUGCGCGUCAGUGCAGUCCUACGCCUCUGAAACGGGGCGAAGGGGUUGGGAUUUUUCGGUAAAGGUAGACGGUUCGCCUAGCUGCCACGUUGCUGGUUCAGAGGAUAAUAACGUGCAAUAGUGCUGACUCUGCAGUUGCGUUUGUUUUAGCUGAUGCUGGUGUUUUUCUUUUAAGGGUCCUGUUUAACGAGUCACAUUUUUAAGUCUUUUGACGCGCGUGGGAAGGAGGGAAACUUUCACAAACUGACUGCCGGUCUCUGCCGUAGACGUCUGAACAACGUAAACACACCGACUGUGUUUGUGUUUUAUACUUCAAUCAUGUGUUUUUCCUUUCAGAUGACAAAAGGGUCCUUUUUGUUCAUGCAGACACAUUUUAUGUUUACAUGUUCUGUAAGAUGUAAUGAAUCAGCUUUUAGUGAAAGACGUUCGUGACAAUAAAAUCAUUGUUUUACACUGAAAGAACGCAGAACUGAGCAGGUUUUUGCUUUUCGCCGUAUGAAAGUUGGUAUGAACGACUUUAAAGUGUUAAAAUAUUAUUAUAUUUAAACCAAACCAGUUAAACCAAACUAUCCAGUUUGGUUUAAGUUUGUAACUUGAUUUGAUCAGUUGUUCAAUCUUUAAACUGUGGACCAGAAACUGGAUCGGGUCUCAGGUUUUCUCAAAUGUCACUGGAAUUGGGAGGAUUCUAGUUCUGAGUUGGAAAAAGUUCUGAAUAUUAAUCAUUGAUGGUAAUUAGCACUAUGAAUUAUUAAUAUUCAUGGUGCUAAUUACUAUAAGCAACUUGAUAAUAGAGGGGGUUUUUAUGCAUUAGAACACAUGCAAAGUGGACCAUUUUAAUUGACUUUUUUUAAUACAACUUUGCAGUAAAAGUGUCAUUAUUUACCAAAUAAUGCAAAGUUGGCACUUUUAAUGGACUUUUAAUACAAAUUGUAAUGCAGUUUUGCAUUAAAAGUGUCAUUAUUUACCAAAUGGCACUUAAUGACAGUAAUGUUCAUGACAGCUGUUAUGUCACGUUUAUGUCGUCACCCCGUCAAAUAAAGUGUUACUGACAUCUCUA